UAUAAAGCAGCAGGCGCCUGUGCCCGCUCCACCUCUCAAGCAGCGCCUGCCUGAGUCUGUUCUGCCCUCUCCCCACCCAGUCCACCACCACCAUGACACCAGGCACCCAGUCUCCUUUCUUCCUGCUCCUGAUCCUCACAGUGCUUACAGUUGUUACAGGUUCUGGUCAUACAAACUCUACCCCAGGCGGAGAAAAGGAGACUUCGGCUACCCAAAGAAGUUCAAUGCCCAUCUCUACUAAGAAUGCUGUGAGUAUGACCAGCAGACUCUCCAGCCACAGCCCCGUUUCAGGCUCCUCCACCACUCAGGGACAGGACGUCACCCUAGCCCUGGCCACGGAACCAGCCACAGGUUCGGCUACCACCUUGGGACACAAUGUCACCUCGGCCCCGGACACCAGUGCAGCCCCGGGCUCCACCGGCCCCCCAGCCCACGUAGUCACCUCGGCCCCGGACACCAGUGCAGCCCCGGGCUCCACCGGCCCCCCAGCCCGCGUAGUCACCUCGGCCCCGGACACCAGUGCAGCCCCGGGCUCCACCGGCCCCCCAGCCCGCGUAGUCACCUCGGCCCCGGACACCAGUGCAGCCCCGGGCUCCACCGGCCCCCCAGCCCGCGUUGUCACCUCGGCCCCGGACACCAGUGCAGCCCCGGGCUCCACCGGCCCCCCAGCCCGCGUUGUCACCUCGGCCCCGGACACCAGUGCAGCCCCGGGCUCCAGGCCCCCAGCCCGCGUUGUCACCUCGGCCCCGGACACCAGUGCAGCCCCGGGCUCCACCGGCCCCCCAGCCCGCGUUGUCACCUCGGCCCCGGACACCAGUGCAGCCCCGGGCUCCACCGGCCCCCCAGCCCGCGUUGUCACCUCGGCCCCGGACACCAGUGCAGCCCCGGGCUCCAGGCCCCCAGCCCGCGUUGUCACCUCGGCCCCGGACACCAGUGCAGCCCCGGGCUCCACCGGCCCCCCAGCCCGCGUUGUCACCUCGGCCCCGGACACCAGUGCAGCCCCGGGCUCCACCGGCCCCCCAGCCCGCGUUGUCACCUCGGCCCCGGGCACUAGUGCAGCCCCGGGCUCCACCGCACCCCCGGGCUCCACCGCACCCCCAGCCCACGAUGUCACCUCGGCCUCAGACUCUGCAUCAGGCUCAGCUUCCACUCUGGUGCACAGCACCACCUCUGCCAGGGCUACCACCACCCCAGCCAGCAAGAGCACUCCAUUCUCAAUUCCCAGCCACCACUCUGAUACUCCUACCACCCUUGCCAGCCACAGCACCAAGACUGAUGCCAGUAGCACUCACCAUAGCACAGUACCUCCUUUCACCUCCUCCAAUCACAGCACUUCUCCCCAGUUGUCUCUUGGGGUCUCUUUCUUUUUCUUGUCUUUUCACAUUUCAAACCUUCAGUUUAAUUCCUCUCUGGAAGAUCCCAGCACCAACUACUACCAACAGCUGCAGAGAGACAUUUCUGAAUUGUUUUUGCAGAUUUAUAAACAAGGGGAUUUUCUGGGCCUCUCCAAUAUUAUGUUCAGGCCAGGAUCUGUGGUGGUACAAUCGACUCUGGUCUUCCGAGAAGGUACCACCAAUGUCCACGAUGUGGAGACACAGUUCAAUCAACGUAAAACGGAAGCAGCCUCUCGAUAUAACCUGACGAUCUCAGACAUCAGCGUGCGUGAUGUGCCAUUUCCUUUCUCUGCCCAAACCGGGGCUGGGGUGCCAGGCUGGGGCAUUGCGCUCCUGGUGCUGGUCUGUGUUCUGGUUGUGCUGGCCAUCGUCUAUUUCAUUGCCUUGGCUGUCUGUCAGUGCCGCCAAAAGAACUACAGGCAGCUGGACAUCUUUCCCGCCCGGGAUGCCUACCAUCCUAUGAGCGAGUACCCCACCUACCACACCCAUGGGCGCUAUGUGCCCGCUGGUGGUACCAAUCGUAGCCCCUAUGAGGAGGUUUCUGCAGGUAAUGGUGGCAGCAGCCUCUCUUACACAAACCCAGCAGUGGCAGCCACUUCUGCCAACUUGUAGGGGCACGUCGCCUACUGAGCUGAGUGGCCAGCCAGUGCCAGUCCACCCCACUCAGGUUCUUCAGGGCCAGAGCCCCUGCACCCUGUUUUGGGCUGGUGAGCUGGGAGUUCAGGUGGGCUGCUCACAGCCUUCCUCAGAGGCCCCACCAAGUUCUCAGAACCUUCUCGGUCUGUGGAAGCUCAUGGGGGCCCUUGAGGGCUUAUGCCUGGGAAGUGUUGCAGUGGGGCUCCCAGGAGGACUGGCCCAGAGAGCCCGGAGAUAGCAGGGGACCUGAACAGGACUGAAUAAAACGUGGCCUCCCGCUGCGCCAA